AUCUCUUGUUGGGCAACCCAAAUGAGCCCUACCUAGAAUGCCAGAGAGCUGAGUUCAAAUCCAAAAUUUCCCCCAAACAUGACAUCGAUGGAGGGAGGAGGAAAGCUGAAACGAGGGAGAAGAGAAGAGCUCACUUUUCCCUCCCCUCCGCACCGUCCCCAACCUGCCGAUUAAAUUCACUGUGUGCUGCUGCCACUUUUUUUUUCCUUUUUACAACCGUGCCGCCGCUCCGCUCCUCUCCCCUCCCUGUAACUCCGCUUUUCACCUUCUCUGCCCCCUCCUCGAAGAAGGAACAAAACACCCGGGGAGGAGAGGAAGGGUGGCUGCUGCCUCCUGCGACGCCAUGGACGCCUGGGAGGCCACCAAGGUGGUGUUCGACCGGGUGCGUGAGAUGGACCCCGACAACGCUUCCAAGAUCAUGGGCAUGCUCCUCAUCCAGGACAACAGCGACAAGGAACUGAUCCGCCUCGCCUUCGGCCCCGACCACCUCCUCCGCGCCUUCGUCCUCAACGCGCGCGCGGAGCUCGCCUGCAAACCUUCGUCUCCGCCGUCGCCCGUGCUCGGGCCGUUGCAGAACGGCCCGCCGUGGGGGGUGCCGGGCCCUGGAGCCGAGCAGGCGCCGUUCGCCGGGGACCAGGUGGGGUACGACGGCGGCGAGGCGUUCUACCCAGAGGAGUACGACUGCUGGUCGCCGGCGAGCGGCGGGCACCGCCGGAGCUUCUCGCUGAGCGACGCCGAGGUGGCCGCGUGGAGGCCGUGCCUGUACUACGCGCGGGGGUACUGCAAGAACGGCUCCUCCUGCAGGUUCCUGCACGGCUUGCCUGAAGACGACGCGGCGGCCGCGGAGCGGGAGAUGAUCGUCAUGCGCGCCAAGGCCUUGGCCGCCGCGCGGCCACAACAGUUCAUGGCGUCCGCGUUCCCCUUCUCACCGUCGCCCAAAGGCCUCAACUUCCUGCUCCAGCAGCAGCAGCAGCAGCAGAGCGACCCCCAAAGGGCGGCGGCCAUGCUGCUUAGCGGCGAGGACAUGCACAGGUUCCCCGUGCGCUCGCCUCGGAUGGACCGCGGCGACCUCAUCACCAACCCCGCCGCGCGGCAGAUCUACCUGACAUUCCCGGCAGACUCCACCUUCAGCGAGGAGGACGUGUCCAACUACUUCAGCAUGUACGGACCGGUGCAGGACGUGCGCAUCCCAUACCAGCAGAAGCGCAUGUUCGGGUUCGUCACCUUCGUCUACGCGGACACUGUGAAGCUCAUCCUGGCCAAGGGCAACCCGCAUUUCGUCUGCGACGCGCGCGUGCUCGUCAAGCCCUACAAGGAGAAGGGCAAGGUCCCCGACAAGUUCAGGAAGUUUCAGCAUCCGCACCAUGGCGAGUUCGCCGGCUGCACGACUCCCACCGGACUGCUGGAUUCCAGGGACCCCUUCGACCUGCACCAGCCACAUACUGAGCUAAGGAUGAUGUAUGGAAACAUUGCCAAUCAUGAGGCAUUUCUGCGGAGGAAGCUCGAAGAGCAGCAGCAGGCAGCCGAGCUGCAGCAAGCCAUCGAGCUGCAGGGCCGCCGGUUCAUGGGGCUGCAGCUUCUGGACCUCAAGAGCAGGGGCCACCAUCUCAGCUCCCCCGUUGGCAUGUCUCUGGGACAAAUUGAUGGCAAAGGCAGUGUCAAUGGGAAUGACAACGCUGUCCACUUGGAGGAUGUCACCAUCCAAGAUAACAAGCUGAAUAGCUUUGCCAUGACUGCGCCUGCAUCUGCUGCUGCCUCUUCAACUGCUGCAGCAGGCAAGCAAGAGGAGCAGCAGAAAGAGGAGGAUGGUGGUGGCACUCCCAAGCAGGCAGUCAACCCUGGGGAAGAGCAGAAGAGGGAAUCUGGUCCUGGGGCAGCACCAUCCAAUGUUGCUUGUGGAUUCCAAGAAAGUGGCGUGGAGCACAAUUUGCCUGAAAGCCCCUUUGCAUCUCCCACCAAGGCCUCCAUUGAUACUGCCCCAACAGCUCAAAAUGGUAACAUUAGCAACAUCAGCCCUCAUUAUGUGGCUUCAUCCCUCUUCCCCCAAACAACCCCCACCCUUGAGCUCCCCCCCUACAACUCCUGCUUCUUUCAAGUGCCCAGGUUCUCCUCUGGGCAUGAAGCUAUUGGGCUGUGAAUACAGAGCAAAAGGGGUCUCCUUUCCUCUAAGCUGGGAGGACUAUCAUGACCCCAUCAAGUGGAGGAAAGGGUAGAAAGCUUCAACAAACACUAGGUGUAUCUUCACUUCAGAGAGGAACAGCAUCAAAGAAAGGAAACAAGUCUAGGUUGUUAGCACCUCUAGGCCUAUAAAUAAUAGUAGUUCUAUAAAUAAUACCAGUCGUUUAGUAACUCCUGCUAGUAUCAAGAACUAGAACAUUACUACAUUAGCAUCAUCUUGUAUGCUCCUUUGUAGUGUGGAUCUUAGUAGCUUAAUACAAGUAUACCGUAGCUGCUGUAGUAACUUAACUAGUCCUGGUAGCCAGUUGUUGUCAAGUGACAUGGCUGCAUACAGACAUCCAAAGAGAAACAGAGGUAGUGAGAUGUAGUAGAGAGAAAAAAGGACUAAAGGAGUGAGAGUGGACAAAAUCCAGACAGGCCGCAGAUGCAGAGGAAAUGUGAUGAGAGGGGCACUGGCGCACUGCUGGGGCCAGAGCAUUCACGGGUGCAGAGAAAGAAUCACCCCAUCAGCGAUUCAGGGAAGACCCCUAUCAAUCAUCUGUGUCCUUUUUUGCCCAUGAACUAUAGUCAUGGAUGCACAUGCGCACCUUUUGCUCUUCUCCGUUUCACCCUUGUAGUAGAACAGUAGUAGAAGCUAGCAGACAAAGAAAUGGAAAAGUAAUUAUCAGUCA